CAGGAGGGACCCGCGGGCAGCUCCACCAUGUCGGACAGUGACCCGGGGGAGGAAGACGGCGCCACGUCCCCUGACCCCCUGCAGUCCAAGAGGAAGAGAAGGGGCAACCUGCCCAAGGAGUCUGUGAAGAUCCUGCGGGACUGGCUGUACGAGCACCGUUUCAACGCCUACCCCUCGGAGCAGGAGAAGCUCAGCCUCUCAGGGCAGACCAGCCUCUCUGUGCUGCAGAUCUGCAACUGGUUCAUCAAUGCCCGGAGGCGGCUGCUCCCGGACAUGCUGCGCAAGGAUGGGAAGGACCCCAACCAGUUCACCAUCUCCCGCCGGGGGGGCAAAGCUGGCGACGUGGCUCUGCCGCGGGGGGCUGGCUCCGGGGUGCUGGUGGUCCCUCCCGUGGGGGCCUCCAAGGUGCUGUCGAUGUCAGUGUGCCCGCAGGUACUGUGCCACCCGGCCCAGGCGCUGGCGGUGGUGAGCACCCACAGCCCUGAGUGGGAGAAGCCUCCUGGGCCACGAGCAGAGCUGGACCCUGUUCCCAAAGCACCAGUGGGUGCCACCAGCAGCACCCUGACCCUGCUAGCGCGGGCUGAGGCUGCCAGCCCCACCCCCGGACUCUUCAACACGCCACCCCCCACGCCCCCUGAGCUCUUCGGUGAUGACUUCAGCAGCUUCCAGCUGCUGGUGGAGGUGGCUCUGCAGAAGGCAGCUGAGCUGGAGCGGCAGCGGCAGGGUGGGCAGCUGCCCCUGUCUCCCCACACUGAGCCCCCAGGAGCCUCCAAAUAACCCCCGGGCCGGGUUCCGCAGGGCGCCCUUCCCUGGGGGUGCCUGACUCUCCCAGCCUCGUGCACCUCCGACCAGCCCAUCCCAGAAGUGGACUCUGGCCUCCCGGGGGGCUCUGGUCUCUCUUGUCAGCCAAGGAGGGGAGAAGAAGGACUGUCCCAUCACACCAUCCUCCUGCUGGGAGAUGUGCUGACCGCUGAGGGUGGUGCCCCAGGUGACAGUUGUGACCAGACCUUUGCAGCAGUGCUGACCUGUCCCUGCCACGCUGCCAGAGCUGUCACUAUGGAGCUCCCCUGGAAAACCUGCUGAGUUCUUCCUCUCUCCUGCAAACAAGGGUCCAGCCAGCACCAUUUUUUCAGGAGGAGAAAGAGAGAACCUAUUUUUUUAAGUGUUGGUAUCUAUUUUAAGGACUAUGGAUGAAAAGCUUUUUUGUCUCCCAAAUCUCUGAUCCCUUCCCCCUUUUUUUUUUCCUUUUGUUUUGGGGGGCCCUUUCUGGUUCCUGGUCCUGACCAGGAGCCCUGCCUUGCCCAGGGAAGGGCAAAGUACAGAUGAACUGGAAACCUGGAGUCUCUGGUAUUUUAUGACAUGGAAAAAAUGGGACCCUCCUCUUCCAUUUUAGGGUGUUCUGGAUGCUGUCAGUAGAAAUCUCUGUGGUGUUGUUUAGCAAGUUUUGUUGAAACAUUUUCCCUUUAAUUGUGAUUUAUUACAUGAUUAUUAUUUUUUUUUCAUCUGUAAGCAUUUCCACAACUUCCCCAUGUUUCCCUUGAGUUCCUGCUGAAUGUGCGCACGUUGUGUCCAGAGCAGCAAGUGCAUUGCCGAGCCUGCGAGGUGCUGACAGCAGGCUGAGCAAAGCUGAGACUGGGAAUUUUAUACCAACUUCUUUUUCUUCUCUUUCUUUUUUUUUUUUAACCUUUGGAAAGGGGCAUGUUGCGGGCAUGGCCAGUGCAUUUGGUGAGUGCAGCCCAGGGCUCCUGUGAGACCUCAUAGCCAAGUGCUGAUGAGCUGCACUUGGAAAGCUGAGGAUGGAUUUGCUGCUCCCUGUCCCCUCCCUUCUGUUCUCGCUCUCCGAGUGUGGCUGUCCCGUGCUGGGGACCUCUAGUGACAAACUGGUGUCUGCUGGGAGCUGCUGGGCCCCCCCAGCCUGGCCUGGGGUGGUUUUGGGGCUCUGGGGCAGCUCUUGGCUGGGCA